AUGACUGUAGCGGACCGGCUCAAAGUGUGUUUCAUGCGUGCCCAGGAGAAGCGAACUCUUACCAGCAUGGAAACAAUGGUGUACUGUGCUCCCUACGAGUGCGUCUUGGUCCUCUCGCUUUUCAGUCGCCUGGCACUGGAGCCGAAGUUCAAGAAGUUGCUCUUCAACCAUGCGCUGGAGCCGCUCCUGGGAUGUAUUUGCACUGGGUUCUGGGCAGAAGCACGGGAGGCGGCAGCCACCCUUGCCAACCUGAUGUGGGUUCCUGACCUGGACUACGAGCGUUUGGUAUGCUGGUUGAAGUUCGAUGGAUCCAGGUGCAUCACCGUUGAUGCGGCAAAUGUACUUCUGCCUAUCAAAGCGGGAGAGCCAAAGCCCGUGGACAUUGGUCUGGGCAUGUACAGCUCCAUGUGGGGAGUCGAGUUCGGGGUGGGCUCAUGCUUGACGCUGCACCCAGAUGGCUUGAAGACGUACAAUGUGCCCGGUCUUUUGACUACGGCUUCCCCGCAGGAUACCUUCAGACACACGUCCCAAAGUCCCUAUCAUUGGCUAGAUGAGCCGCCGGACCCAAGACAUUUCACAAUCACAUGCUGGUUUUUCUGGCCUCUUAACCAGUUCGACGCGCCAGAGUCGGCGAAGCGGCAGUGUGUUUUGCUGCAGAGCUCCCCGCCGGAAAGGCUGAUGCAGCUUUAUGUUGACUUCGAGACAGAGCCGGAAGGCAUCUGGACCCUCGUCGACCACACCAGGACCAAGCGACCGAUCAAGACGCCUCAGCUGCAUCCUGGCUGGCAUCUGCUGUCGCUGGUAUCUUCCACCAGCCGCAGUGCCACGCAACCGUUCGACGGAACCAAACUGUUCCUGGACGACUGGUGCAAAGUGCUGAAGAAUGUUUGGGUUCUCAACGAUUUCUACAUGGUGGGGAAUGAUUCUUCAGCUGGAGGACGGAAGCCGUUCGGUUUAAUGGCGGACUUCCGUAUCUACGCCCGCAGCUUGCCAGAUGAGCAGGUGAAGAACAUGGUCGUAGCCAACAGCACCGAGGACCACCCUGACAGGAUUGCCCGGCGCCUUGCAGCGCUGGAUGCCGCGACGGUCCUGGCUCAGCGCUUGGACGUGCCGGACACGGCCGCGGAGUGCCUGCGAGCCCUUGGCAGUCUGGCUACGUUGUCUUCGCAGAGGGCCAAGAUCUUCAACGUGUGUGGGCGGAAGCUGAUGCAACUCAUGGACUCACCGCUCCCCAUGGUCCAGCGUCAGGCGAAGCGCCUUAUCAACAACCUCGCCUGA